ACCGCGUGUGCAUGGUAGGAGAGGCUGUCAUUGGUCUAUAUUUACCAACUUAAGAAUGAAAGAGCAUUGUGCUGUCCACAUACUUGGCACCGAAGGACACUUUUGUGUUCGGGGUGACCCUCACCUUUUCAUCAGUAGCAGCAUGACGGAGAGAGCAAAGUGAAUAAAGACAGCGUAGUAAAGAGAGGUGAGACACCUAAGACUGAGCCAGAUCUUCAAGGUGAGAGACAGGAAGGCAAAAAAGGAAGAAGAUAUUUCCGUCCUGCAUACCUUUGACGGGCAGAAGAUUUUUUUUUAAAUAAAGGGUGCAGAUUGGUGUCAGUAACCAUGGAAACCAAAAUGGUGAUGCUGCGAGAACAGGAGCAGCAGUCGUCCCAGAUGUCUCACAGCAUGCAGCUGUCGUCUCAGAAAAAGAGGUGGACCUUCACUUCCAGCGACGAGGAAGCCUCCUACACUGGUUUACUUCCCAUUAUUCCUGCUGAUGUCAUGUCUGUCAAAGAGACCCUUGGCAUGAACAACCUGCCCCCCCACAGGACAUGGGAAAUCAUGCAGGAAACGUUGGAUGCUGACGCGGACUACCGCAGAGAGAAGUGGACACGGUUUGGAAACGAGGCUGAGAAGUUCGAGCUGGAUGUGAUCAGGAACCAACGUGUGCUACGCACCCACAUCGACAGAAAGGCGCUUCGUGAAGAGGCAGAAAGGAAGAAGUCUGCCCACAUCCAGUACUUGGAGAAACUGAGUCAGAAGGCUCCAGACUUUGCCAUCCCUCUGAGGGCUCACACCGUCUGGGAGGGAAUGACGGUGAAACUCUCCUGCAAAGUGCAAGGUCAUCCACCCCCAGUGAUUACAUGGUAUAAGGAUGAUGAACCACUGGUAAUGACCUCCCAACCUUGGAAUUACAAUCUGAAACAAAACUUUGGUCUCAGCUUGUUGGAGAUCAGAAGGUGCUGUCCUGGUGAUGCUGGCGUGUAUAAAGCAGUAGCCAAGAGCCCCCUGGGUGACGCUAUGACGUUUGGAACAUUAGUGGUUAAAUCAUACCAAGGAGCCGUGGCUGGUUCAGAGACUGCCGCCUUGCAGCUGGAAAAGGAAGCUCUGUUUGAUGUCUCCUUCCCGCCAACCUGGGUGAAGGAGGGCAACAGCUUCACCCUGCUGUGCACCUUCACAUCAGCUCUGCUACCCUUCCAGCAGGAUGUCAGCUGGUUCAGGGAUGGCGUCCAACUGCACCCGUCCAACAAUGUGGACAUCAAAACACUGGACGACAAGGCCACAGUCACUUUAAGAGCUGCACAUAAGGAGCAUGAAGGUGUGUACACAGCCAGACUCAAGACCAGGGACGGGAUUCAGGAGCGUGAGGCUUUUGUUUACAUCAAAGAUGCAUCUGCCUCGGUGCGUGGAGGACCUGCAUCUCCUCUGGAAGUGGAGGUAUCUGAUGUCAACAAGGACUACGUCUUCCUCACCUGGCAGCCGCCCAGUGCUGAUGGAGCUUCGCCUGUGGAGGGUUACUAUGUGGAAAGAUGUGACCUCAGUCAGGGCGAGUGGGUGCGCUGCAAUGUAAACAUUCAGAAAACGUGCCACUUCCCAGUUUUUGGCCUGAAGGAAGGAACUCUGUACCAGUUCAGGGUUUGUGCCGUGAACCAAGCUGGACCAGGACGUCCCUCCAAACCCACAGAGCCUGUCCUCACCACAGAUCCACUGGAACACACCAGAACCAUGGCGGUCAAAGUGGACCAAGAAAGGACCAUUACCAUUACAAAAGAUGAACUAGAAGGUCAGGUCAAGGCGCCUUUUCCUCCCACAAGCGUCCGCGCCUGCGAGGUGAGCGACAGCUACGUGGUGUUGAGCUGGACUGAGCCUGAACCCAGAGGCAGGGAGCCGUUGACCUUUUAUGUGGAGCAGUCCUUGGCCGACAGAAACAGCUGGGGACUGGCCAGUUUGGACACGCUGGUGAACUCUCCCAGGUUCCCAGUGUUUGAUCUGGUCAAGGAGAAACAGUACCGCUUCAGAGUGCGCUCCAUCAACAAGUACGGCGUCAGUGACCUCUCGGAGCCAAGCGAACCCAUCGGCCUUGGAAAGCCACAAGCUGUGCCGAAUCCUCCUCCCUCUGUCCUGGCCAUCAGAGACACAGACACCUCAGUGCUGCUGCUGUGGCAAGAACCCAAGGACAAAGACGGCAUCCUGGGGUACUACCUGUACUACAGCGAGGUUGGCAAGCAAGACUGGAAAACUGUAAACAACAAGCCUGUCACCAAAAGCAGGUUUACGGUCCACGGCCUGAAGACUUGGACUGAAUAUGUGUUCAGGGUGAAAUCUGUGAGCCGAGCAGGAAACAGCAGAUAUUCAGAUGAGUCGCAACCCAUCGCAGUCAAAUCAGCGAUUAAUGUUCCAUCCUGUCCCUCCGCCAUCGCUCUGCUGUUGUGUACUGGAUCAGAUAUGGUCCUGGGCUGGAAGGCUCCUUCAUCUAAUGGAGGGAAUCCAGUAUGUGGCUACUACCUGGACCAAAGGGAGAAGGGGGAGGAAUUAUGGAGAGAGGUCAAUGUUAAAUCCACCAAGGAGAGGAAGUAUAAGGUGUCUAACCUGACGAGCGGACAUUUCUACCAGUUCCGUGUCACUGCCGCCAACGUGGUCGGUAUCGGGAGGCCGUCUGAUGCCAGCGAAGCUUUCCUGUGUGAGAAGUGGACAAUGCCAGAACCAGGUUGCCCUCAUGACCUGGAGUUCAGGGAGGUGAGAAACGGCUCCUUGGUGCUCCUGUGGGGGACUCCGCUGUAUGAAGGUCAAAGCCCCGUCACUGGCUACUUCCUGGAAAUCAGCCAGGGUGACCAGUCAGACCGCUGGACUGCCCUCAACGAAAAUCCAAUCACUGACACGCGCUACAAGGUGUCAGAUCUUCAGAGGGGUCAGACCUACCGUUUCCGUGUUUCAGCUGUUAAUGAAGCUGGAGUGGGACCAGCUUCUCUGCCCUCAGAGCCAGUCGUAGCUAACACUCGGCCAGGCACCAAAGACAUUGAGAUCGGUGUGGAUGAGGACGGUUUUAUAUUUUUGGGUUACGAGGCUGUUGAAAAGAACGACGAGAGCAAAUUCCUCUGGAGCAGGAACUACACAGAGCCCAUCGAUGCAAAGAGAACAAAAACAGAAAGCAAACAGAAGAGGUCCGUUCUGACCUUCACAGACCCAUCUGAGGAGGAUCUGGGUCUGUAUGCCGUAGAGAUGAGCGACACCCCCUACCUUUCAUCCAGUUACAAUUUCACCGCUGAAGACCUUGAACGUCUGAAAGGGCUCAGCUGGCAAAUCAGAAAUCCCUUGAUCGCUCUGAGGUCAGGCUGGCAGGUGGAGGUUUCUGAGAGAUGCGACGUGCGUCUUUGGCUUCAGGCUGAGAGUUUGAGCGAGUCUGCUGAGUUUCGUCUCAUCUUCAACGACCGGGAAAUCUCCAGCUCUCCACACCAUAAGAUCAACUUCAACAAGGCCAAAGGUCUGGUGGAGAUACUGUUUGAUCAGCUCUCUGAGGACGAUGAGGGCUCGUACACGGCUCAGCUGAAAGACGGCCGCGCCAAGAACCAGUGCACUUUGGUCUUCGUAGAUCAAAAGUUUCGGGAGACUUUGGCCUUGGCUGAUGCAAAUCGACGAGAUGUUCAAAGAAAAGCAGGGCCAUAUUUCCAAGAAUAUUUAACAUGGUCUGUGAAUGAGGACUGUGAAUUACUAAUAAAGUGCAAGGUGGCAAACACAAAGAAGGACACAUCUUUCAAGUGGUUUAAGGAGGACAUGGAAAUAAAAGAGGUUGUUUAUGAUCAGGAAUCAGGAGUCGGCUCUCUCGCCAUCCCGCAGGUUACAAAGAAAGAGGCUGGCUCGUACAAGGCUGUGGUGUCAGAUGGUAGAGGAGAGGACAUCAGCCUGCUGAAGUUACAAGAUGGUGAAUAUGACAAGCUUCUCCAGCAGCUGAGUAAACAAUGCGCAUUAUCAGCUGGUCCGCUGAAGAUUCAAAGCACUGCUGAAGGUUUCAAGCUCUACUGCGACCUCAGAUACUACAUCAGCUUCCUGAAGACAAGCUGGCACUUCAAGGAAAAGAGGAUGGAGGAGGCCAGGGUAAAACCUGGCAGCAGCAUGCAGAAAGUCUGGAUUGACGUUUCAAACCCGUCAGAAAACGAUAAAGGCAAAUACACUUUGGAAAUGUUUGACGGCAAAGACACGCACAAACGUUAUUUUGAACUCUCCGCAGAAGUUUUUGCCGAGGCCCUGCUGGAGCACCAGAGGUUAAAGCAAGUGGCUAUUGCAGAAAAAAAUCGUGCCAAAGUGACUAAAGGUCUCCCUGAUGUUGUGGCCAUCAUGGAGGACAAGUCUUUAUGCCUGACAUGCUACUUCGAUGGCGACCCAGCUCCAGAGAUCUUCUGGCUUCAUAACGACAGGGAGAUCCUCGAUCAGACUCAGUUCACCAUCACUAAAGAGACCAAACGCAGCUCUCUCACGAUCCACAAGGUCCACAUGGAAGAUUCUGGAAAGUACAGCAUCUUAGUCCGCAACCAGUAUGGAUCAGAAACAGCUGAUGUGACCGUGAGUGUGUACAAAGAGGGAGAGAAGCCUCCAGCUAAUGCUGUGGAGAUGGGUUAGGACUGCAAACCAAGACAGAGCUACAAAUAAUGAAGAUUAUAAAACGAGAAUUAACUCAACUUUCAACCAAAAAAGCACUAGAGUUGUCAUAAAUUCAACACGGUUGCCGUAGUAUCACUUUGUUUACUAAAGAGGCUGUAGAAGUUAGCUGAAGCUGAUUGGCUUGUAAAACAUUUCAUGAGGUGGGGUUUAGCACAUAGACGUCAUAUACGUAGACACGACGUGCACUGGCACUGCCCAUUGGAGCUGGCGUAGCCGCAGACCGCCAUCUUGGAUGGGUUUCCAACCGUCCUCGAUGCAUUUGUUUCUACUGAGGAAAAUGAUUACCCAACUAAAAAGCACAUUUUGUCAUGCUUUUACACGAAAUCAGCAGGCGAGAUAGUUAAAAUAUAAAUAAAUUAAACAAGUUAAAAUAUAAAAUCCCAACAGGUAGGCUGGAAAAGUCAAUAGUAAUCCCACGUGAUCUGUUUUCAAUAGUGUGCCGGUUGUUGCAAGCGUAGGCUACACAAACAACGGGAAUAGCUGCCAAUUCUGCGUUGACCCCAGAUGGGUUUGGAGAGUGAUGAACCCAUCCAAUAUGGCGACGACACUGUAAAGCUCUCCAUCGCCCAAUGGUGCGUCUACGUAUUCAUGUCUAUGGUUUAGCACACAUUGGCUUACAUCCACUGAGACAAUUAAAGCAGAAAUGCAGACAUUUUUUAGGGAGAGCCAUCUAGAGAUGGAAAAAUGUGUUGCACCGAAAGCCUGUCUCGUUUGUGAUUGAGCUCCUGUAGACGGCCAACAGAGCUAAACAUUUUUUCACCAAUUUUUUUUCAUGUUUAUUGAUUUAUAUCUGUUUUACGUUUCCAUAAGAAAUGUCGCCAACUCUGCAUCCGUCUAGGUACUUCCACAAACACGCACAUGCUCUGUGAUUGACAUCUGUACGUAAGCGAAUGGCUAGCGCUAUUGGCCAAAGCUGGGUGACACUCAAUUCAAAUUAAAUGCUGCUCUACAGGAUGGAGCGGGACUUCCCAGCCAGCAUGCAUAGGUGGGUCCCAUAUGAAUACAUAUAUGGGCAAACCGUUUGGGUGCCAACAGGUUUUUGCACAGUAUCCAUGAUGGUCCCACAGGGGUUUGCCCAGAUUUUACUGGGCCCUACAUGGGUUUUUAGAGGGACCCAGAUGGUUUGGGUCAUACACGGGCUUGUUAAAAUCUAUGUGGGCAAAAUCCUGUGGGGCCACCAUGGAAAAUGCGGCACCCAUACAGGGCCCAACUAUGCAUGCCGGCUGGGUUGGUAUUCCCUCACAGUACAGGGCAAGACUAUCAAUUUCUAAAUUCAAAUUUCUUGAAUGAAUUUUACAUUACAGAGGUAAUUUAGCUCCGUAAACAUGCUGAAGCUCUUAUUUCUUUCUUGUCUGUAUUUUUCCAUCUUUCUCCUGGUUUUAUUUGCAUUAUUUAGUCAAUGUUUGUAUCAAUACCACCUUAUUAGGAAGGCUGUGUGCUUCGUUUGAGUUUUAGUAAUCUUUCUCUGCCCCUUGGCUUUCAUUGUGUGAGCGGAAAAUACCCGUUUGGUUUUUAUUUCCUGUCUGCCUCCUCCAGCGUGACUCUGACAUUUCGUUCAACCAUCAAAAUGCUUCUUCUUAGCUCUUGUGAUUCAAACUUUGGUUGUGUGGUUUGUCUGUACUCAAUAAAGCGUCUUUCAAGCUA